CCAGCACUUGAGGAAGAGCAGUAUACAACAUCUUUUAGCGUCCUUUGUAAAUUAUAAACCGAACAUGGAAAUAUGUCUCCUUCCUCAGCGGAGCCGACAGCAGCAGCAACAGCAACAACAACAGCAACAUCAGCAGCAACAGCAGCAGCAACACGAACAGCAGCAGCAACAACACCACCACCAACAUCAGCAGCACCAGCAACAACAGCAACACCACCACCAACAUGAGCAGCAGCAGCAGCAGCAGCAGCAGCAGCAGCAGCAGCAGUACCAACAACAGCACCACCACCACCAGCAGCACCACCAACAGCACCACCAGCAUCACCAAGACCCUCAACCUCACCCCUCCGUGCUCGACUAUCGAAGGUCCUCUUCACGACAGCAGAUGUACGGGUCUCCCAGCACUCCAAUCCUGGAGAACCCAGAGUACCAGACACGCUGGUACUUCAAGUACUUCCUUGGCAAGCGUGAGUAUGGACUCGACUCUGUUUCUGAUGAUUAA